UCCAUCGCCGCCAACGACGACCGAAGAUGCCGCCCAAAGCCAAACUUGCACCAGUAAAAGCAGGCCAGACGUCUUCCAAGACUCCUUCAAGACAACGACCUUCACAAAAGCAGCACCCUGCUCCACUAACGGACAGACUGAAACGUUUGUUUACUUCCCUCUGCGCUCAAAUUGAUGGUGGGCACUUUGCAAAUGCGAUUCGUACAUGCAACAAGAUCUUGCGCCUAGAUCCAAAUGAUCGCGAUGCACUACGGACGAAGCUUUUCCUGCUUCUCCAAACCGAGCAAUAUGACACUGCCCUUGCUCUUAUCGCUGAAAUAAAUGAGCAGUGUUCAUUUGAGCGGGCAUAUGCAUUAUAUCGUGUUCAUCAAGAAGAGGAUGCUGCUCAGGUGCUAAAGGAAAUCAAGAGCAGUGGGAAAGACACGGAGCAGAGGGGUGCGAUGCACUUGGAGGCUCAGUUGAGCUAUCGCCAAGGAUCUUACCAGUCAUCCCUGGACAUCUAUAGUGAACUUCUUGAAACGGCUGAUCCUUCUUCGGAUGAACAUGCAGACAUCCUCACUAACCUACCAGCCUCACAAUCACACCAGGAUUUUAUCACCACUACGUUUAUGCAAUCUAUGUCUCAACUUCCCAACUCAAUCGCCUCGACGUUAGAAUCGGCGCCGCCACCUGUUCUCUCUCAACCAGCUUCAAUCCUCGUUUCUGUGGAAGAACCCACGAAAAAGCUGGAGGCUGGGGAAAUCAAGAAGAAAGUGCGAACAAAACGUGUGCCGAAGGGAGUCAUACCAGGGGUGUCGCCCGCACCGGAUCCGGAAAGAUGGCUGAAAAAGUCGGAACGAACUACUUAUACACAAGGGAAAAAACGGAGGGGUGCGGGAGGUGGCGCAACACAGGGUGCAACCAUUGGUGCUGAAAGUGGGCCUGUUUCUGCCGGCGCCUCACACGGAGGAAAGGCUGGGGGGAAAGGCAAGGGGGGAAAGAAGAAGUAGCGUAACGGUAGGGUAUCUGACAAGCUUGUCCUGAACUCUUAAUGCUGUAUUACAAAUUACGAGCAAGCUAUACUUCUCGAUUUCGUGAUACAUAUGCGCAUGCAGAUGGGAGAUCUAGAGAAGGUC